AUGUCUAACCAAUCAACUGAUGGUUUCCGAGGUUCUCAACCUUUUAUAACAGAUAAGCAAUUUCAGAAUUUAUCUUUGGAUGAAAUAAGACAUAUUAUUGAAGAAGAAAAAGAAGAACUUAAGAAAGAUUAUAAGGAAUUAGGAGAAAGAAGAAAAUUAAUUAAACAAUAUAAAAAAUUAAAAGAAGCUAGGGAAAAAGUGAGAAAAGGAAUUGAUAUAAAAAAAGUCUAUAAAAAAAAGCCACUGUAAAAAAGACACCUCCUUCUGAAAAGAAAAAGAUAAAAUCAUUUGACGAGUAUUUUGAGGAAUGUAUAAAAAAUAGACAGAUCCCCAAAGAUACUCCUUCUUAUUUUCGUGAAGCUCUUGAGCGAGCUAUUUUAGAAUAUGACCAAGGACUUGAAAAAGAAAAAUCAGCUUUUGAAGACUUUGCUGUUAAGUAUAUUAUUCAAGGAAUUCCUGGUCUUACUCCACUUAAGUUUUUUGAACGAAUUUAUAAAACUUUAAAAGAUUUUUUUACAUAUCAUCGAAAUUAAAAUUUAAGAUGAUUUUGGUUUGUAUAAUGGAAAAAAAAACUGUUCAACAAAAUGUUGGUGUUGUAGGAUUAGAAGAAGGUAAAUCUUACUUUACUUCAGGAACAUAUAUUAAUAUUAUAUCAACAUAUGUAGAUAAAUUAAUUGAUUUAUGGAUAAAUACCACUGAAGGAGGUAUUGAAAAUUAUCAACAAACUGGAAGUGCAUGGUAUUUUAAAGAAGUGGAAAAACUUGAAAUUCAUACUGUUGAAUAUAAUCCAACAAAGGGGUCAUCUUACAUUCCUCUUCCAGAUUUGAUAUCACAUAAAAAAGCAAUAGUUAAUAUCCAAAACAAAGAUGAGAAAUGUUUUCUUUGGUGUAUACUAAGAUAUCUUCAUCCAAGAGAAGAUAAUGAUACCAGAUUGACAGAUUUAAAAAAGUAUGAAAAUUAUCUUAACACCAAAGGAAUUAGUUUUCCUAUGAAAUUAAAAGACAUCACCAAAUUUGAAAAACUUAAUCCAUCUCUUCCAGGAAUCAAUGUUUUUUCAGUUAAUGAAAACAAAAACUUUUAUCCUUUGAGAAUGGCAGAGAGAGAUUGUUUGAAUACUAUUGAUUUAUUUUUGUACGAAGAAGAUGGUGUUUCACAUUAUUCACUAAUUAAAGAUUUUACUCGAUUGAUAAAGACACAAAAAACAAAAAGUAAGAAUGGUUCAAUAUUUAUUUGUAAGAGAUGUUUUAGUCAUUUUACAAAGUAUGAAUUAUUACAAAAACAUAUUGAAUACUGCUCAAAUAAUGAAACAGUUUCUGUAAAAAUGCCAAAACAAGAUACAAUGUUAUAUUUUAAAAAUUAUGAAAAGCAGUUACCAGUUCCUUUUGUGGUUUAUGCUGAUUUUGAGUGUUUUACAAAACCAAUGAAUACUUGUAGUCCUAAUCCAAAAGAAUCGUAUAAUUAUAAUUAUCAAAAGCAUGAACCAUCAGGAUUUUGUUUUUACAUAAAAGGAAUAGUAGAUACUAUCUUUUCACCUAUUGUUUAGACAAAAACAAAAGAAGUUGAAGAUAUAUCAAAAGUAUUUGUAGAAAAACUUAAAAAAGUAACUAAUAAGAUAUACAACGAUUUUUAUUGUAAACCACUAUCUCUUAGAUUAACAAAAGCUGAACAAAAAUUAUUUGAAGAAGCAAAAAUUUGUUAUAUUUGUAGUAAAGAAUUACAAAAUGAUAAAGCUAGAGAUCAUUGUCACUUUACUGGAAAGUAUCGUGGAGCUGCGCAUAGAAAUUGUAAUCUUCAAUAUAAGAAACCAUUAGUUCUUCCAGUUAUAUUUCAUAAUCUUCAAGGGUAUGAUGCGCAUUUAUUUAUUAAACAACUUGCUUGUUUAGAAGGAGAAUUAAACUGUAUUCCAUCUACGGAAGAAAAAUAUAUUUCCUUUUCAAAAAAGAUUAAGGUUGGUGAGUAUAAAGAUAGAAUAACUGGAAUUACUUUUCCAAUAAAUUUCGAAAUACGAUUUAUAGAUUCAUUCAAGUUUCUUCAAACAUCACUUGCUAAUCUAGUUGGAAAUUUACAACCAGAUGAUUUUCAUAAUACAAAACAAAUAUUUAAGGAAAAUGUUGAACUUUUAACUCGUAAGGGAGUUUAUCCUUAUGACUAUGUUUCAUCAUUUGAAAAACUAUCCGAAACACAAUUACCUCCAAAAGAAGAAUUUUUUUCAAAGCUAAAUGAUGAAGAUAUAAGUGAUGAUGAUUACCAACACGCUAUUAAUGUAUGGAAUACUUUUAAAUGUAAAACAAUUAGAGAUUAUCAUAAUCUUUACCUAAAGUCUGAUGUCCUACUUUUAUCAGAUGUAUUUGAGAAUUUUAGAAAAACUUGUUUAAAACAUUACAACCUAGAUCCAGCUCAUUAUUACACAUCUCCUGGAUUAGCUUGGGAUGCAUGUCUUAAAGAAACAUGUCAACAAUUACAACUAUUACAUGAUUAUGAUAUGUUAAUGAUGUUUGAGAGAGGUAUAAGAGGUGGAAUAUCUCACAUAUCAAAAAAGAUAUGCAGAAGCGAAUAA